GCUCAAAAUCAUGUAAACGCCUAUUCAGCACUCCCGCUAUGCUCACAGCAGCAGAACCUCGUACGUUCGGGCAACCGACCCCAGAAACACAUCCACAUUUGAUGAAACCCGGUGAAGUAACACCAGGGAUCUUGGCCAUGGAAUACGAGCUUCGACGCGCAUUAUUAAUGGAAAGGCUACCUGAAAAUAGUAUCGCGAUAUCACUAGGAUAUCGUUUUAACGAGCCCGAUGCAGCGAUGGUUUUAGGUACAUUGGACGAAAAGAAUAACAGUCGCAGAGGUUAUAAGAUGACAAUGUUUGUGCCUCCCAAAAAUCCUAGCGUCGAAAUGUGGGAGGGUCCUCGGACGGGUGUUAUUGGGGCUGCGAUGGAAUCGUCAAGGUUCAACUCAAAGGUCAAAGAAAUAAUUAAAAACUAUGAAGAAAUCUACAUCGACCUGCCCCCCCGAACAAACAUUCUAUCAACCGACAACAUUCAAAAAAAUAUCAAUCGGGCUUGUGUCAAACCACUGAGUAAAAUAAUCCAAGAUUUGCGGGUAAUCAAGAGUGACGCCGAAAUAAAUCUGAUGAAGAAAGCUGGAGAGAUCACAGGAAAAGCGUUCAUCCAAACGAUGAAAUUUACAAAGCCUGGACUUCUGGAGCAUGAUUUAUACGCUAAAAUAGAUUUUGAAUGUCGUAAACAUGGGGCACAAUUUCUGGCAUACGUUCCCGUGGUCGCAGGAGGAAUUAAUGCAUUAACAAUGCAUUAUGUGAGAAAUGAUAUGUUACUUCGGGAUGGCGAGUUGGUAUUAAUGGAUGCGGGCGGCGAGUACCAUGGGUAUGCUAGUGACAUCACGCGUACGUGGCCGAUUAACGGAAAAUUUACGCAAGCACAACGUGAAAUAUAUGAAGUGGUCUUGAAGCUAUGUACAGAAGAGGAAAACAUAUCUUUAAAUGGGAUACACGAGGCUUCAGUGCAAAUAAUGAAAGAGGAAUUAAUAAAUCUUGGUUUUGAUCUUGUUGAAGGGGAUGUUGAUCGUGUCUUAUAUCCUCAUCACGUGGGACAUUAUCUUGGCCUCGAUGUACAUGACACUCAUGAUCUUGAUCGUUCACGGAGAUUACUAAGCGGAAUGGUGAUAACAAUAGAACCAGGCAUCUACAUCCCGCCAAAUGACGCAUACCCUAAGAAAUAUCAUGGCAUGGGGAUUCGUAUUGAAGAUAAUGUUUUGGUUGGUAAAACGGAUCCCAUUGUGCUGAGUUCCACGUCACCCAAAGAGAUAGUUGAUAUCGAGUAUU